UAUUAAAAGUAUUUUUUUUUUGUUAAAGGAUGCUGUAGGGGCAAUAGAUGGUACACAUAUUCCUGCAAAUGUCCCCUUAGAAGAACAAGCUAGGUAUCGCAAUAGAAAGCAAGAGAUUUCUCAAAAUGUUUUGGUAGCUUGCACAUUUGAUAUGAAAUUUACAUAUGUGCUUGCCGGUUGGGAGGGAUCGGCACAUGACGGUCGAUUGUUAAGGAGUGCAAUAUUACGACAAGGACAUAAGCUGACAGUUCCUUUGGGUAAAUAUUAUCUCUGUGAUGCCGGCUUCCCAUUGGUUCCGGGAUUUCUUGCACCAUAUCGUAGGACUCGUUAUCAUCCUAGAGACAUUGAGGGUCAACGCCCUGAAAGUAGUAAGGAGUUGUUCAAUUUUUGCCAUUCAUCUCUACGUAAUGUUGUUGAGAGGACAAUUGGUUUGCUUAAGAGAAGAUUUGCAUAUUUGAGGCAUCAACCCUACCACGACAUUGAAACACAAGCAAAGAUAGUCCUAGCUUGUUGUGCCGUUCACAACUUCUUAAGGAAUGAUGAUAUAGAAGAUGUUUGUCGUGAGGAUGUAGAUACUAGAGAUGAUGAGGAUAACCUUACACAUGUUGUCGAUGUAUCUGAAGACGAGACUCCAAAUGCUCACAUAUCUUUCAAAGCUGAUGCAGCAUGGUCUAAUAAUAGGAAUACAAUUGUUGAUUUAGUGUGGGCUGAUUAUCGUCCCAACCAUGAUGCAGGAGUUGAUUUCGAUUAAAUUUGAAUUUUUAAUUGUCAUUUAUGUCCUUACACGGCUCUACAACAACCCUAAGACCUGACCCACAAACAACCCAUCGCCGGUCAUGUUCUUCCACUUUUAUGUCUUUAUGCUAUUCCAUGCAUAUUUAUUCAUUUGUUGGAAUAUACAGAGUGGUUUUCUUUGGAAGGCUAUAUGGACAGUGAGGCCUUUAUUUGUAUGAACGGCAUAACUUGAAUCCGUUCUCACCACUAAUGAUUUCAUCAUUGAUAAUUGUAGGAAGAGAAGAUGCAUUAGGACUGACUAGUGCUUUGUGUGUAAGGUGCAGGGAUUUGGUAGAUCAUAUUUGUGACAUUGUUUAGUGGCUUCUGAGUUGUAAAAUCUGGUAUGGGUUUUCAUGAUUUUAGGCCAUUUUCGCUUGUGGGUAACGAGCUUCCCUGGGAGGAGCUCUAGAUUGGUGUAGAACAUCACUUCUUUGAUGAUGAGGUGAAUAUGUACAAAGCACACACAACCACAAGGAAAUGUAUACAACUAGUUCCAGUACAUACUUAUCAGCUUUUAGAUAAAUGGUCAGGGAUAAAAUCCUUCCCGUUUCUCAGAAUUCAUUUCGCUACUACUUUUUCUUCUGCUAGAAUUUUUCUGAAGUAUUCAUUUGUAAAGUAACUUUUCUUGCUAAGAGAUAACUGGGAUAGAACUCAUCUUGUAUUGUUGCUAUAUGCAAGCCUCUCUCAUUUCAUCUCUCUAGGAAUUUUAUUUUCCACAUACUUUUUCUUUCUUGGUUUUUCCUAGUUCAUGUCAAGUGUAGUUCCUUGUUAUCUCAGAAUGGAAUGCCCUUCAUUAGUCAUGUAUUGGUGUUGCUUACCAUUGAAUAUACCAUAAACCAGUUCUUUCCUUCUCCCUGCACUGUGCUACAGUAGCAAUUUCUCUUGUUUCAGAGUAACCAAUGCAAUUCAUUGUGAAUCUCCCAUAUGUUGUUCUCUUCUUUACGACUCAUCUUUCUCAAUUUUCUUGCUCCAGCAGUGUUUCCUUUCUCAUCAUUUUUAAGAAUAUGAAUUUAGGAAGCUAUGGGAACUGACAAUAACAAGGAUUAUUUCAUCCUUUGCAAUGGAAAGGAGACUGUGGGUGCUGCUUGAACACCUUAAUAUUUCAUUCUAUAACAAUUUGAUUCCUUUUAUUGAAACUAAUAGACGCCUUGCAAUACCCUGAGCUAAUGUUAUGUAUAGGACAUAGAGAUGUACAGAGGGACAAUGAUCAAGAACUUACGACUUAUUUAUGGAGAAAAAGAAGAUUAGCAAAAAUCUUAAAUGUACUAGGAUUGAGUUUGCUUAGUAUUUAUUGAGCUUAGUUGUUUUAGAAUUGUGUUUCUUUGACAAUUCAUUUGGGCUCUUCACUGAACCGCGGGUUCUAUCCCGCCUUGGGAAUGACAUCCUUUUGGUUAAGGAUUGGAUAUUGUAUCUGAGAAUUGAAUAUUUGGAAAAUGCAAUAGUCCUAGCUUGCCUUGGGAAAGGUGGGUUAGUCAGGAAGAGAAUGUUCUUGAAUCAAUAUGUUUUAGGAGACGAACAAUUCACUAUGCUUGUGCAUUUGAAACAGGGUGAGCCUUCUAGAAGGCAUUUAGCUUGCAUCACUGUGAUUUUGAGGCACAAGGUUUGGUUGCUUAGGAAGGUGGUUCAUGACAUGAUCACCUCCUGAAUAGUUAUUUGAUGUCCGAAGCAAUUUUUUCUGGGAGUGGGACACACUUCUAUUGGAACUACUUGUCUUGCAUGAAUUUUAACACAGCCAAGAGAGUCACAAGAAGGAAACUAAACCCUUGCACUCCACACCAAGGCUCUGAAAGUGGUGGUGAUGCUGAACAUUUUCAUAAUCAUCUCUCACCUCACAAUCAAACAACCCCAUACUUCCAAAUUCCAAUGAUGGUGCACUGACCAUACUUGUACAGGCUUUAUGACAAAUCAUUAGUCAGAUUGUUCCCUGUUUGUCAGGGAACGGUGCUGCGGUGCGUAGUUUGGUUCUAUGUACGCCAGAUCAUAUGAAAUCCCUUUACGGCUUUACCCAUAUCAAAUGGAGAUGUUGUAGACUUGUAGCUCCACCAAGACUGCAACAUUAUUUGAUAUUGCAGAAUUUAGCACUCUGCAAUAGCAGGUCAAUGCAUUGUAUGAUUGCCAAAAGAUCACCCUUCUAACUGUCUGCCAGACCACAAGUAAGCUGCUUUAUCAUGCAAAACUAGGCAAAAUGCCUCAACUGUUUACUGAUAGACACCAAAGUUGAUAUGCCAUUCUAGAACAAACAACAAUGGAUGGGAGUACUUGAUUGUGCAAGAAACUGAGACUUAGUCUGAGCUGACAUAAGAAUACAUUAAACUGGAGUGCAUAUAGAGAAUGCAGUGCUCGCUACAGUCAAACAGAGGAUGUAGCACAGUGCAAGAGACAAUGAGGAUAAAGAGGUAGACCCUGCAGGAAAAAAAUAAUAGAAAUAAAUAGAUAGAAGUGUUCUAGUCUAUCUUCUCCAAUGAAUAGCUUAUUUUUCAUCACAAGUCGGUGAAUACAUGCUAUAUGUUUAUGGUUGAAGAGAGGGCUUACUUUCCCAAUUACUAUUCUUAACUUGAGAAAUCAGAGAGAGAGAUGGAGGGAGGCUACUAAAUAGGUUGUGACAGAUAGAAGAGGAGGAGACAUGAUGCAGAUUUUUAUUUUAUUUUUUAAUGUUUUUUUUAUUUGUCUCUUUAUGGUUAGUAUUUGAGUGAUUAGGUUUUUGAAAUCUCAAUUACGUAUGGAUUCCCAAUUCAUGGCUAGAUGAAAUGUUGGACCAGCUUGUUGCGUGCUUGUCGUGUCAGUGGUGUUCUAAGAUUGACUUGAGAAGUGGUUACCUUCAAAUUAGGCUCACGAGUGGGGAUGAAUGGAUGACAACUGUUAAAACUCUAGAUGGCUUAUUUGAAUGGAUUGUAAUGCUUUUUGGCAUUUCUAAUUUCCAGAGCACUUUCAUGUGCUUGUUGAUUGAGAUUUUGGUUGGGACGAGUCACAUGGGAGACUAGCUAGUGUUGUUACAGUAAGUCACGAAUUGUCUUAGGAGUUGAAAGUCCUAAAGGUGGUUUGGGUCUGCAUUGGAUAAUCAAUUAGAAUGACUGGAAACUGAAACUGAAAGGGAUUGUCAAUGCCAUAGAUGCAAAAGAGUGGAAUCCAAAGUUCCAUGUUCACCUAAAAUCUGAUGGUUACUAAUUAUUCCCUAGAAACCCUCCAAAAAAGCAAAGCUCAUGCAAGACAGCAUUGAAGAAGGAACUUGGUCUACCCGUUUAGUGAUAACGUCCCAUUAAUUGGUUUCAUUCACCAAAAAAGUGUAGAUCUAAUAGCGAAGGCAGUUCCUUGGUUGAUGGGCUAUAUGUGCAAGUAGUCAUGUUGGGCACUGGGAGGAUCUAGAACAGAUCCGUAGGCAAUUUGAGGCCCAAGAUAAUAAAAAAAUUGAGGAUGGGUUGGAUACUCAGUGAAGAUAGCCCACCAGAUUACUGCUGGUUCUGAUUUGAUAUUCUAUUCAUGCCAUCAAGAUUUUAGCCUUUGUGGACUGAACCAGCUCUAUGCAAUGAGCUAUGGGACUGUUCCAGAUUCACACUGUGGGUGGACUACAAGAUACUGAGCGCCUUUUGAUCCUUAUAAUGAGUCUACCUUGGGAGGACAUUUGACAGGGCUGAGUCUGAUAAGCUAAUCCAAGCAUAGGGGAGUUGCUUGGUAAGAUAUUGGGAGUACAAGGAACGACACUUCCUUCGAUGCAAUAUUCUCCAUACUUUCAUUAUCAAUAAUAGCAUCAUAAACCUUUGCUUCACAAGUUACCUUUGGAUAAAACAAUCUGCCUGCUAUUUAUCUAUCUCCUGUGUUGCAGUUGGUUCUUUUAUGUCUCCCUUUUUUUCCUUUUAGCAUUUUUGGCAGUUUAAAUAUUUGUUUGCUAUGGCUAAUUUUGUUGUCAAAAGAAAUAAUGAAUCUAAACUUGGUAGGUAACUUGAUGUUUGUUCUCAAGGUUUCUCUAUUUGUAUGUCAUGUUUAUGAUAAAGGUUUUGGCUAUACCAUUUUUUCUCUAUUUAUAUGCGAUGUUUAUCAUAAAGGUUUUAGCACCCUACCAGUUUUUCGUUAUUUGUAUGUCAUGUUUAUUAUAAAAUUUAAAUGUCCAGGCGUAAAUUUGAACGAAGCCCCUUCCUUUGUCUUCUUUGGCCUUUGUCUUUUUCUUCUGCAGUGAAUGGUGUUGGAUGAGUUCAGAGAAGGCUUUCUUACUAUAGCAGUAAACACAAAGCUAGUAUAUGCAUCUGAACAGAUAUGUUGUUUGUGACUGAUUUAUUUUCUCCAU